UCAUGAGAGUGGGAUUAUGUAUGUAUUAGAGGGUUGAAUGAGCUUUGGGAUGUGCGCACGUGACCAGUUGCACUUCGCAGGUGGCUUUUGUUAUAGUUUCCUUCCACCUCCUCCAGACUACAACAACUGUGCGUCUGUGCGUCUGUGCGUAACAAAUUAAUACUACUACUCGGGAAUAGAAUACAAUUUCCAACUAAACAAACCCAAAUCAAAUUACUUCACCUUCAAUUUUAGUCGGUGUUUCUCGGUCUUCAACUUUCCUUCAUUUCUCAAUUUCUUCCAAAAUAAAGCAUCGCAAAGAAGAUCAUGAAAUUUGGAUAAUAUAAGGCCAAGGGUGCUCUUCAUUAGCUUCAGAUUUGAUUUUGAAGCUUAGCUCCACUCAAAGCGUAGGUCCAUCAAGUCAACACCAAGUCACAGUUGUUCUUAUUAGAUUUCCAUCAAAAUGUCUUCGUCAACACCAAAUCAAGGUUCCAAAAAUUUUGGACGCUUAAACGACAAAGCGAGAAUUAUGGCUCAGACUAUUGUUGAUGCAAAGCUUCAUGCAAAUUUUGAGGAUUCCAGCAGUGAUUUUGAUUACUCUAGUUCUAUUCGUGCUACUAGCUGUAUUGGACGAAAACAACCUCCAAAGACUGAUAAGGUCACCUCAUCUUAUCUUAUCCGGAUACAGAAAGGAAAGAUAAUUCAACCUUUUGGAUGCUUGCUUGCCCUCGAUGAGAAUACCUUUAGGGUGAUUGCCUAUAGUGAGAAUGCCUCAGAAAUGCUAACAAUGGUUAGUCAUGUCGUACCAAGUAUAGGGAAUCAUCCAAUGAUUGGGAUCGGAACUGAUGUAAGGACUAUAUUUACUGCACCAAGUGCUUCUGCACUGCAGAAGGCUUUAGAGUAUCCUGAUGUUUCUCUUUUAAAUCCGAUCUUAGUUCAUAGCAAAGCUUCUGGAAUCCCUUUCUAUGCGAUCAUUCACCGGGUAACAAGCAGCUUAGUUAUUGACUUUGAACCCGUGAAGCUAUAUGAAGUUCCAAUGACAGUUUCAGGUGCCCUGCAAUCUUACAAGCUUGCAGCCAAAGCGAUUACUCGUUUGCAAUCUUUGCCAAGUGGAAAUCUCGGCAGACUUGUCGAUACCAUGGUUCAGGCGGUCUUUGAGUUAACCGGAUAUGACAGGGUAAUGGCAUACAAAUUUCAUGAAGAUGACCAUGGAGAAAUUGUGUCUGAGAUUACAAAGCCUAACCUCGACCCAUACCUAGGCUUGCAUUAUCCUGCAACUGAUAUUCCACAGGCUGCCCGAUUCUUGUUUAUGAAGAAUAAGGUCCGUCUGAUAUGUGAUUGCCGUGCAAAAGGUGUGCAGGUGAUUCAGGAUCAAAUUCAUCCAUUUGAGUUGACUUUAUGUGGUUCAACUCUCAGGGCGCCACAUGGUUGUCAUGUUCAAUAUAUGGAGAAUAUGAACUCUAUAGGAUCCUUGGUCAUGGCUGUCGUUGUUAAUGACGAGGAUGGAGAAAACAACGGAGCUAUUCCUGCUACGCCCCAACAAAAGAGGAAGAGACUAUGGGGUUUAGUUGUCUGCCACCACACAUCUCCAAGGUUUGUCCCAUUUCCUAUGCGUUACGCUUGUGAAUUUCUAGCUCAAGUAUUUGCCAUCCAUGUGAAUAAAGAACUAGUGUUGGAAAACCAAUUCCUCGAGAAGAAAAUCCUCAAAACUCAAACUCUCCUCUGUGAUAUGCUGAUGAGGGAUGUUCCUUUAGGCAUAGUGACAAAAAGUCCAAACAUUAUGGAUCUCGUCAAGUGCGAUGGCGCUGUGCUUUUGUACAGCGAUAAGUUAUGGAAACUUGGGGUCACCCCAACGGAUGACCAAGUUAGAGAUAUCGCUUUGUGGCUAUCCAUUCAUCAUGAAAAUUCUACAGGACUAAGCACUGAUAGUUUGUAUAAAGCUGGUUAUCCGGGAGCUCUUACUCUUGGCGGUUCUUUUUGUGGGAUGGCCGCUGUAAAAAUCACUUCAAAGAACAUCGUAUUGUGGUUCCGUUCUCACACUGCUGCAGAGUUAAAAUGGGCCGGUGAGAAACAUCGGCCCAAUGAUAAGGAUGAUGAAUCAAAGAUGCACCCUAGAUCAUCAUUCAAGGUGUUCCUCGAGGUUGUGAAGAAUAGGAGUGUACCUUGGAAGGAUUUUGAGAUGGAUGCUAUUUAUUCAUUACAGCUUAUUCUUAGAAAUGCUUUCAAGGAUAGGGAAGCAGCAGACGUUAAUACGUCUAUAAUCAAUUCUAAAAUCAGUGAUCUUAAGAUUGAUGGCAUCAAAGAGCUUAAAGCAGUUACCCAUGAGAUGGCGCGCUUGAUUGAAACAGCCACAGUCCCUAUUUUCGCCGUUGACUCUGGUGGAUUUGUUAAUGGUUGGAACACCAAAAUUUCCGAGCUCACUGGGCUUCCUGUAAUAAAAGCUGUUGGAAAACAUAUAUCAGAACUAGUUGCAGACACUUCAAUUGAUAUUUUCUGGAAUUUGCUGCACUUAGCAUUACAAGGAAAAGAGGAGACUAAUGUUCAGUUCGAGAUCAAAAGGCAUCAUUCGGUGGUAGACAGUCCCGUCAUCUUAGUUGUGAAUGCUUGUUCAAGCAAGGAUGUCAAUGGAAAUGUUAUCGGGGCAUGUUUCAUUGCUCAGGAUAUAACUGGUCAGAAAUCAGUUAUGGACAAGUUCACACGAAUUGAAGGCGAUUAUAAAGCUAUAGUACAUAAUCCAACACCUUUGAUUCCGCCGAUAUUUGGAACAGAUGAAUUUGGGUGGUGUUCGGAAUGGAAUCCUGCAAUGUCGAAGUUAACAGGAUAUGAGCGAGAGGAUGUCAUUGAUAAGAUGUUACUAGGGGAGGUUUUUGGUACCCAGAAAGCAUGUUGUCGUCUUAAAAAUCUCGAGUCAUUUGUAAACCUUGGUGUUGUACUUAAUGGUGCUUUGAGUGGCCAAGAUACCGAAAAAAUUCCAAUUGGCUUUUUCACUCGUAAUGGGAAGUUCAUUGAAACCCUGAUUUGCGUAAGCAAAAAGUUAAACAGAGACGGUGCAGUCACUGGUGUUUUUGGCUUCUUGCAGCUUGCUAGUCAGGAUUUUCAGGACACAUUUCAUGUACAACGACUAGCUGAGCAAGCUGCUCUUAAGAGGCUAAAAGCAUUGGCCUAUAUGAAAACACAGAUAAGAAAUCCUUUGUCAGGCAUUAUGUUCUCUAGAAAGAUGCUCGAGGGUACCGACAUAGGAGAAGAGCAAAGGUUGCUCUUGCACACAAGUGCUCAGUGCCAACGACAACUUAACAAGAUCCUUGAAGAUUCAGAUUUGGAUAGCAUCAUUGAUGGGAACAUUGAGUUAGAAAUGGUGGAAUUUUCUAUCCAAGAUAUAGUAGUAGCGUCUAUGAGUCAGAUAAUGGCGAAGAGCAAUGAUAAAGGAAUUCGGAUAGAAAACGAGACAUCAGAAGAGUUCCUAAAGGAGACUUUGUGUGGAGAUAGCCUAAGGCUCCAGCAAGUCCUGGCAGAUUUUCUGUUUGUUUCAGUAACUUGUACACCUGCUGGAGGACAAGUUGGAAUUAAAGUUGGCUUGGUAAAAUACAAGGUAGAGGAAUCUGUUCUGCUAGCAAAUUUGGAGUUCAGGAUAUUACACACAGGCGGAGGGAUAACAGAAGAGUUAUUAGGACAGAUGUUCGAGAGCAACAAAGAUAAUGCAACAGAAGAGGGUAUUAGUCUGCUGAUAAGCAGGAAAUUAGUGAAGCAAAUGAAUGGAGAUAUCCAGUAUUUGAGAUCUGCUGGAUCUUCAACGUUCAUCAUAUCUGUUAAACUUGCUGUUGUCGAUAAAGCUACACAAUGAAGUUUUUUUACGUUCACUUAAGCUGUCAAAUAUAUAGCUACUACUUACUGGGUAGUCUUAUCACUUUUUUUUCGUUUUUAAUCUCUGUAUAAUGUGAGUGUUAGACUUGGCCUUUAGGAGAUUACAUAUUUUGAAUAAGAAUCAAAAAUGUAUUUCCUUGGUUAUUU